GGAAGAAUUGCUUCAAUCAGAUUAGCAGACUUUUGGUAUCUUUUCCUUUUCUAUCAUGGUUAAAUACCAGAAGGCAACAAUGUCUAAGGCAACAGUUUUGCUGCCUUUGCUGAGCCUGAGCAUGACUGUAGAACUGGGCAGUGCCCAUAAACAAUGGAGUGCUUUCCGGGGAAUGUUUAAAAGGAUCAAGUAUGCUACACCAUCAAGAGGAGACCCAGGGCAGUCACUUUUCCUUACUCCUUAUAUUGAAAGUGGAAGAACUUAGUAAGGAAGGCGGUUAAGUUUGGUGGGUCUUCUCCCAGGAGCAAAUGUGAUGAGUUACUCUGGCUAUCUCACAGUGAACAAGAUUCAUAACAGCAAUCUCUUCUUCUGGUUCUUCCCUGCUCAGAUACAGCCAGAGAAUGCUCCUGUAUUACUUUGGCUCCAAGGAGGACCAGGAGGUACAUGCAUGUUUGGAAUUUUUGUUGAACACGGACCAUAUGUUGUUGAUCAGAAUUUCAGCUUGUCUGAACGAAAGUUUCCUUGGAUAUCCAAGUUUUCCAUGCUUUAUAUUGACAAUCCAGUUGGGACUGGCUUUAGUUUUACUGAUGAUACAGGAUAUGCAGUUAACCAAGAUGAUGUAGGAAGAGAUUUAUAUAGUGCACUCAUCCAGUUUUUCCAGCUAUUUCCUGAUUAUCAGAAAAAUUACUUCUAUGCUACAGGAGAUUACUUCUAUGCUACAGGAUCUUAUGCAGGGAAAUAUGUGCAUGCUAUUGGGUACUGUAUUCAUACCCACAAUCACACAGCCAAGGUUAAGAUCAACUUCAAGGGAGUUGCUAUUGGAGAUGGUUUCUGUGACCCUGAAAUGAUGUUGGGUGGCUAUGUGCAAUUCCUGUACCAAACUGGCUUGGUGGAUGAGAAGCAGAGAGACUAUGUCCAGCAGCAAACCGAUCUGGGAGUAAUCUAUAUCCAGCAGAAGAAAUGGACCGAAGCCUUUGAAAUAUUUGAUUUUCUAAUUAAUGGUGAUGAAACAGGCAUUCCAUCCUACAGUCAGAAUGUUACAGGUUGUAGUAACUUCUUUAACAUGCUACAGUGCCAGUGGCCUGAUGACCAGGAAUAUUUUGGAGAGUUUUUAUUGCUCCCAGAAGUAAGGAAAUCUAUCCAUGUGGCUAAUCUUACUUUCCAUGAUGGGUCUACGGUUGAGAAGAAUUUGCUUGAAGAUGUGAUGAACACAAUAAAGUCAUGGUUAGCUAUAUUAAUGGAUAAUUAUAAGCUUCUCAAAUAUUCUGUGCCGUCUCCUUUGUCUUUUCCCAGGUAUUGCUAUACAUUGCUGGACAUUAUAGUAGCAGCUCCAUUAACAGAGCGCUUUCUGCCUACUGUGCCAUGGAGCAAAGUGGAAGACUACAAAAAUGCUGAAAGACUUGUAUGGAAGAUCCAUCCCCAAGAUAAGGCGGUAGCUGGAUAUGUGCGUCAAGCUGGUGAUUUCUAUCAGGUAAUUGUUUGAAGUGGGGGACAUAUCCUACCCUAUGACCAUCCUGAAAGAUCACUGGACAU